AUGUCACUCAUCCGAGAAUUCCAGUAUUCCAAAAUCCUUACCUCAAACGCACAGGAGAAAACAGUCACUUUCUUAGGCAAGAUCAAAGGAGAGGAUGCCAUUCUCAAGCUGGAGAAAACGCCGUUUGCCACAGAGACAUCCGAAAUUGACGCUUUUUUCGCCAAAAACACCAUUUCUGAUAUCAAAGAGCUUGCCAGUAACGAUGUUUAUCAUUGGGGAGUGAGUCUUCUUGAACAAACGCUACAGAACCCAACGUGCAAGUACAGUCUGGUGUACCCAGCUACUGAGACCCAUAUUGCCAAAUUCGAAACUGCUGCCUAUCACAUGAUCAGUGAAACGCCAGAACACUACCAGAAUGUGGUGAAGCCAUAUAUCAGCACAAUGCAAGGGGACAGACUGAAAUGGGUGAGAAACAUCCUUUUCGAAGGUGCUGAGGCUGAACGCGUUGUGUACCGGAACGACGAUAGGGAAAAGGGUUUUGUCCUUGUUCCAGAUAUGAAAUGGGAUGGUACAACUCUGGACACGUUAUAUAUCUGUGCUAUUGUUUUGAGAGAAGACAUCGCGUCUAUCCGUGAUUUAAAGCGUGAGCACGUGAACUGGUUGAAUGGCAUGCAGGAUGAGAUUAAAGCAGGAGUUGCCAAAUACUACGGAAAUAAGAUCAAGGGAGAUGAACUGAGAAUCUUCGUUCACUAUCAACCAUCGUACUACCAUUUCCACAUUCACAUCGUGAAUAUUUCACACCCAGGAUUAGCAUCUACCAUGAGUGUGGGCAGAGCCGUACUGCUUCAGGAUGUGAUUGAUCAGCUGGAAUAUCUUGAAGAUGGGAUAGCCAGUAGGACUUUGACAUAUGCAUUAGCUGAGAAUCACAAGCUGUGGGAUUUGGGGCUGAAAUAUGCUACAAGGGGUUGA